AUGCCAUGGAAAUCUAAAUCACAUCAAUCCGACAAUGCCCCUUCAUCCAACGGACUUAACUCGAAACAAGAUAAUGUUUCGAAUUCAUCACCUGUAGUUGAAACACGUAGCGAUACCGCCUCGCAUGAAUCCAUUACAAGUCAAAAUUCAUCUUCAACUACACAUCCAUCUGCUCAACAAUGGUCCUAUCAGCGAGGUGCACAAUCAGCUACUACAGCAGCGAAACAGAUCGAAGAUGAUAUGCGAGAAGUUCGAAAUAUUAUUGCAAACUAUUCAAUUGAACCAUUAGAAAUACUGCAUCUCGUCGAUCGUUGGCUUCAACAACUUGUCGAUGAAUUUUUCGAACAACGUGAUCAUUUUAAAUAUAUAUUGUACGAAAGUUGGCAAAAUCAAGAAUUGCCUAAUAUCAAAUAUGAUAACAAUGAUCCCAUACGUCAAAUCUAUGCUGCAAACAAAGAAUUAGAGAAAGCACGUGAUAAUGUACUCUCACAUAAAUCAUUCAAUGACUUAAAUAGUUAUUUAGCGCAAGCGGAUGAGCAAGCAAUCGAUGAAAUGAAGGAGAAAUUCAACUCAUUAAUUGGACAAUAUGAUCAAGUUCUACAACAUUUAGAGGUUAUUGAUAAACAAAUUAACACGACUACUGGUGGAGAUAAUUAUAUCAGUGAUAUAAGAAGCAAACUAUCGACUUUGAAAAGAUUGAAUAACAAGGAAUCGCAUACCAUCUGUAUUGUCGGUUUAGAAAAAGCGGGUAAAUCAACAUUUAUCAAUGCACUCCUUGGCUUUGAACUCUUGCCCAUAGCCAGUGAACGAUGUACUCAAAUACGUACUGUUUUGAAACCAACGCUAGGAAACAACGAUCAACAACUAUUUGCUACUGCGACUUUUUAUGAUGAUCAAGAAUUUCAAGUUUUCUUUAGUAAAAUGACGAAGAAAACAGAUGAAAAUGAAGCACAGUUAACACAACGUAAAGAAGCGGUAUUGCAAAAACGAGAAAGUUUGAAAGCGAAAUUUCCAGCGGAAUAUUUUCGUGUGCAAAGUUCCAAUAAUGUCGAACGGGAACGUAAUGAUAUUAUCAAACGAUUAAAUGAGUAUAUAACUGGUGAAUUGUAUGUGAAUAUCAUUAAAGAAGUUGCAAUUUAUACAGAUAAAUUACCAGGUAAAAACUAUGAACUACUCGAUGUUCCUGGUUUUGAUUCUCCCAUCAAAGAACAUCGUGAUGCUGGUCUACAAGCAAUCAAAUCUGCUGAUGCUUUUCUUUUUCUGACUAGUGGUCAACAACCAAGUUUGACUGAACCACAAAUUACUCUUCUACAAGAAAUUCAACAAAAUCAUUUUGAAGCCAUGCAACGUGCAUUUGGUAUUAUUACUAAACUUGAUCUUUGCCAAACGGCAACCAUUUGUCAUGAACAUUAUCGAAAAACAUGUGCUGAACUUGUCGAUAAACGCUUCAAACCCGAACGUAUCUUUGCUGCUUGUCCACGUAUUCAAAUUAUUGAUGAAAAUUCUGAAGAAUAUCAGGUUAUUGAUCGUAAAUUGAACAGUUUUGGUGAUGAUUUAGCAGAAGGUUUCAAUCGAAGUAAAGAAGCUCUGGAUAAAUUUAUUAAAUAUGAAUUACCUAAAACUCAUUUGAAACAAUUAAUUGAUAUAGGAAGAACGCGAUUAGUUCGACUGGUUAUGGAACGACUAAAUCGAAUCAAAGAAAAACAACUUCUACCAUCGAAUUUAGCGAAUGUGUCUAUUGAUGAAUAUAUUAAACAACAGAAUACAGAGAAUUGGGAUCAUUUGUACUAUGAAGGGAUCUUUCAGCCCGUUUUUGACGAAGCUAAUACUUGGCAUGCAACAAUCGUUACAAAAAAUCGUGCUGAAUUUAUUGAUGAUAUUCAUCAAAAAUUUCGUGAUUCAUUCCUUGAUUUGACGAAAGAAUUUGUUCAACGUAAAUUUCCAAUUGAAAAACUAGUUCUUGAAAAAUACAAUGCCGCAAAACUUCAAUUAAAUGUCCAUCCGGUUGAUACCGAGAUUCGUGCAAGAUUAAGUAUUGAACUAGAAAAACUUGUCAAUCAAACAUCCGAUAUUUUAGCAGAAUAUUUAUAUCAUAAAUAUGUUUCUGAAAUGGAAAACUUAUUGAAUAAUAUUUGUCUACAAUCGCAAGAUUUAUACUGUACGAAGUUAACAUUAGAAAAAUGUAUCAUUGAAACACAUGCAUUAGUUUUGAGAAUUUGUCGACCGGUGAUUAUGGCAACACUACGAUAUUCUUAUAUUGAUUUAACAGUGAAACAAGAUGCUAUUCAUGAAUUGCUUUGUAUUGCACCGAUAGUGGCAUUUAAUAUAGCCAAUCGUCCUAAACCAGACACUGAUGGUGAUUUACUUGGAUCACAAAUACAGGCAUGUGCAGAAUUUUUAGCAGAUAAAACUACAACAUCAUCAUGGGCAAUUCGAACACUUUUUAGAAAAUAA